AUGGGUUCCAACAACUAAAAAUAAAACUAACUACUCAAUAACUAUAAGUUUAUAGUCAAUAAAACUGAUCCUGCAUAUGGAGAUAUAGUGGUGUACUAGUCAAAUGGAAAUCCAUCUGAACUUAUGGCAGUUAUUAAAUUGCAAUCUAAUAAACCUGAACUUUUAUGUUAAUAGAUAAAGUAAUCUUGAAAAAUUAAAUUCAUAGUUAAAGACUUAAGCAUCCUAAUAUAACAUAAAUUUUUGAUUGUUCUUAAUCAAGUGUAAAAGAUUUUUGUGGAACUCUAAAUAUUGUUCAUAUUGGUAUUCAAUACAUAUAAAAAAAUCUCUAAAAGGAUAUGGAGAUUCGAAGGAAAUUAAGAACAACGUAUUAUAAAAGAAUAAAAUUAGUUAUUUUGAAGGAGAAUUAUGGUAUUUAAUCAAAACUGUUUGUGAAACAUUAAUUGAUUUAUAAAAUAAUAAAUAGAAGUAUAUUGAUUUGCAUCCAUAAAAUAUACGUAUAACAGAUGGUGGAGAUAUAAAAUUAUUAGAAUUGAGUUGUACUCCAUAAAAUAUAUCAUCAUUUAGAAAAGUUAAAUUGGGACUGAGAGAAUUAGAAUAUUUAUCAUCAGAAGAAUUAUAAGAAUUGAAAGAUUCUUAAAACAAAGUAUAAAUUUUUAUAUGAUUUAGUUAAAUUUUGAUUUAGAGAAAAUAAAUAUUUUUUUAUUAGGAAUUAUUUGUGUAGUUUGUAUAUCUGGAUGUGAAGUUAAAUAAUUUUAUGAUGUUGAGAAAUGCAUUUUUUAAUAUGGAUUGGCCAUAACCAAAUUAAGAUAAUAUAUUCAAAAGUAAUAUAUACAUAGAUAUGUUUAGAUAUAACUAUUCUCAAGCUUUUGAAUAAAUUAUUAUUUAAUUCCUUUCAUAUAAUCCAUUUCAGAGACCAAAUUAUACUUAAGUGUUAAAUAUAAUAAAUUCUUUUGAUAGUACUACUAUUGCUGAUCAUUUUUAUGUUAAGUGUUCAUAAUAACCAGUAUUAUUGGAUACUAUAAAUACUAUAUCAAAAUCAGAUUAAAAAACUGAAAGAAGUCCAGAUUUAUAUAAUCACAAAGCAAAACCUUUUAAUUCCAAUUCUAAUUCAACUCCUUAAACAAUAAAAAUAGCUAAUCUUGUAAGAACUAAACCUACUGUUUAAUAAUUCUCUCUUACUCCUGAACCUAGACCUCUUAUUAAUAGACCUUAAUCAUCAUCACGUCAGAAUUCUUAAAGGGCUUAAUCAAGUUAAAGAAAUGAGCAAACAUAAAAACCUUAAUUACCUAAUUACAGUUAUUAUGAUCCUUACAUAGAUUCUGCUUUAAAAAAAAGCAAAGAUUUAUUAGUUUAUCAUAAUCAGAAUUCUGUUUAUGUUAGAUAAGCAAGAACAAACUCUUCAUCUGUAAACAAAUACACACCAAUAAUGGCAAGUUUGAAUAUAUAAAACGAUGAUAAUACAUAAAACUAUCAUAAUAUAUAAUCAUUAAUCAAAUAAGUUAAUAUUGAAGAAGGAAAAUAAAGGUAAUUUUCAAAAAGUUUUACUAAAUAAUGA